CAUUAUUUUUAGGGUCAGAUAGGCCAGAUUCAAAUUGAAGAUGUGGUUGGCGUCUCAAUCUCUAGGCGCCCCAUAUAAACUAUCUAUUAUAACUUCUUACACCAUUUAACCAUAAAACUAUUGGAGUGUGCAGGAAAAUCUUAGGAAUAAGUGACUGAUUCCACAAAAACAAGGACUCCUGUGUUAAUUUGUCACCCAUUAGAGGCAGAGUACUGCAGAGCCCUCUUCAUCGCUGCAUCAUCGAAGUUUUUCAGAUAACCGAGAUUUCUGCUGCCAUGUAGAGGCUGUCCUGUCUUUGGUGUUUACAUCCCUGUCGUCGUUUCAAUGGGGAAAAGGAAAGACAUGAUUCAUCCCAGGUUUCUCUGUGAAGGUGGCUCAAGCCUGCACAGCGUUCACAAGCGGAAACACAAAAAACACAAGAAGCACAAGAAGAAGCACCACAGCUUCACCGAGGCCCCUGAGCCUGUGGUGGUUCCUCGGCCUCCCCCACAGCUCCGACUCAAGAUCAAACUGGGAGGACAGACGCUGGGGACCAAGAGUGUUCCCACCUUCACCGUGCAUCCCGGUGUGGCUUGUCCUCCCUCCCCCUUGAUGAUUAUUAAUAAUGUUGAUGACGACGACGAUGAUGAUGAUAACGACGACGACGAUGAUGAUGAUGAUGAGGAUGAUGAGGACGACGAUGAGCCCUCUGUGCCUUUGGAGCAGUAUCGGGCCUGGCUGGAUGAAGACAGCAACCUGGCCGUGUCUCCUAUGCCAGACAUAGACUCAGACUCCAUGCUGGGCGUCCCUGUAGACGAGGAGGAGAGGUGGUUGGACGCUCUGGAGAAGGGAGAGCUGGACGACAACGGAGAGCUCAAGAAGGAGGUGGAUGAAUCUCUGCUCACGGCCAGACAGAAAGCCCUUCUACACAAGCAGCAGAGCCAGCCUCUCCUGGAGCUCCCCAUGGGUUACAAGGAGAAGGAGAUGACGGCAGAGAUGAUGCAGAAGCGGGAGGAACGAGCCCGAAAGAGACGCCUGCAGGCCGCGAAGAAGGCAGAAGAGAACAAGAACCAGACAAUAGAGAGACUGACAAAAACCAGCAAGGCCAAGAUCAAAAGCAUGAGAGAGAGGAAGUCCAAGCAGAAUCAGUGUCCCAUGGUCCGGUACAGCGACUGCGCCCAGGGCAUGGCUAUCUCCUUCCCCAUCGGGGUCCCUGCUCCAGUCCCAACACCCCCCUGUCCUCCACCAGCAGCCCCGGUGAACUGCGGGGCCAGCGGCUGCUCCAACCUCAAGAAGUACUCCUGCUCAAAGACCAGGGUUCCCCUCUGCAGCCUCGAGUGUUACAAGAGGAACUUGCUGCUUAAACUUUAAGGGAAGAAUAGAUCCUAAAUGGAUGUGGUUCCGUUACGACGUUGGGAUGUGAUGAAGGUGCAUACAGUCGACGUGGUUUAACAUUUAAUGACAUUUACGUGACACAGAUGCUCGUGACUCCACAGAUGUGGUAGGUGUAUUUUGAACUUUAAACAUGAAUCUGGUCUGGGCUAAGAAUGUGGAUUUACACUUGUUUGUAGCUGUGUCAUAUUGAUAAUAAUGGUUUUCCCUGCAGUGAUGCUGGUUACACAAUUCAAUUAUGUACAUUAUGGAAUGUUAGGAUUUUUUUUAAAUCGGUGUACCAAAUAUAAUACAAUGUAUAUGAUUUCCAUUGGUUGAAGACUGCAUCAAAUUAAUAUUUUUGUGUAUGUUUGGAGAAAGAGUAGCAUUAAUUCCACUAGCUUGGACUGUUCUUCAUUUAGUCAAUGUAAAAUAAUGAUGUACGUAUGUAAAAACUGACAAAGGAUAUAAAUAACAGGAACAUUUGUUUUGAAAGAUUAAAAGAGAAACUAUUGCAUUUUUAAUCUCAAUUUUGUAACAUGACUCAAUUUCCAUACAAAACUGUACAUCUUAAAUUAAGUAACAAAUAAAAUGCCUUUCUGCAUACAAAUUGUGACAAUAUCAGUACAACCUUAUUUGCUCUGUCAACAUGUGGAUGUGUGCAACAGCAAAGGUUUUAUUGGUCCAACUUAGUAAACUUAGCAGGUUUUUGUCUGCUCUUAUCAGAGGCUUACACCAAAGUGUCUGAGGUAUUCAAUGAAUGAGAAGCUUUUCAUAUACAAAACAAACCUGGCACAUAUCUGUUGAGCAACAAGGCUCAAAAACGACCUGGUUUUAAUACAGUAUUUGCUGCUGUAAGACCAGAGUCACGCUCUCAUCUGAAACAGGCGCAUUGUUAGAUUCAGACUUCACACAAAAUCCCCACGUUUGCUCUCAGGUGUUUUACAAGCAGAACCGUUUGAACUGAUUAGCUGAGAAUACGACUCAUGCUACAAGAAAUGUAGUUUUGUGUCCAUUAUUGUCAGAUCUAAUAAUCAAAAGGCCAGUCCGAAGGAGAGUCUGAAGGCCAUCUCAACAGGAACCUCUGCCACGGAGUCAUGGAAACACACGUAGAAUUCUUGAGGGACGGGCUCGAGCAACAUCCGUCUAAAAGACAA